AUGGCUGAUUUUUCGGACCGCUGGUCAAUGGAAAAUGGACCUCCAACCUCCCAGACUAAGGAUGAGAGUUGUGCCACCCCUGAGACCAGUAAAAUUUCCCACUACGGGGCCAGUCGUCGGGCUGCGACCCCCCGGAUUGCCGACCUUAGGACUCCGGCGAUUCCUCCCAUUUACCAGGAGAUCCCAGGGUACGAAGCCCACCGUCGGCGGCAGGAGGCUCGCGCACUCAUGGGAUCAAUUGCAGAGCGCCGGGGGUCCCCGGGUGCCGCUUGUGCUGGUGUCUUUGCCGGAGCCGGAGCUUAG